CUUAAGCUUCAACAGCUGAUUUCAAUAAUCAACUAAUUAGAGCCAGAAACUGCAGGGUAUUUGCAUGUUAGGAAAGCUAGGUUUUCAACCAGAUAAAUGGAAAUUCAGAAGCAAAAAAGGCGACGUCUGGAGACCUUGCAGGAAGAGUCAGAGCCAGAGGAAGCAAUCGAGGAAGGGAAAACAAGCGAAGAAGAAGAGGAAAUGCAAAUAGAAGGAGGUUUGGAGACGCAGGAGGCAGAAGAACAGAGUCAAGAUGAAGAAGAUGUGCUGAGGGCAAUGAGACCAAGGCGACUGCCUCGUUCUCUCAGCCAGACAGAGAGUUUGUCUGAACUGCCAUCUAGCAGCAGUUACUGGGGGGGAAAAGAGAAUGUCUCUGAGUCCGAUCAGUUCAGUUCAUCGGACCUAAGAGAUGUUGCUUCCACAUCUGGACAGGCAGGAUCAGGAAAAGAGCAGAGGUCCAGCAGUGGUGAGCUGAGAGUUGAGAACAUGAUGGAACAGAGGCGACGUCUGGAGACCAUGCAAGAAGAGUCUGAUACAGAGGAAGAAAUCAAGGAAGGGAAAACACGCAAAGAAGUAGAAGAAGAAGAAGAAGAAGAAGAAGAAGAAGAAGAAGAAGAAAAAGAAAAAGAAGAAGAGAAUGUGCAAUUAGAUGGAGGUUUUGAGACACAGGUCGCAGGGGCAGAAGAACUGAGUGAAGAUGAAGAAGAUUUAAAUAUGCUGAGGGCGAUGAGACCAAGGCGACUGCCUCGUUCUCUCAGCCAGACAGAGAGUUUCUCUGAAAUGCCAUCUAGCAGCAGUCACCGAGAGGCAACAGAAAAUGUCUCUGAGUCAGAUCUGCUCACUUCAGUGGACUUAAGCAAUGUUGCUCCCCCAUCUGGACAGGCAGGAUUAGGAAAAAAGAUGUCCAGCAGUGAUGAGCUGAGAGUAGAGUUCUCCAAGGUUGAAUGGAAGAAAUGCAAUCAUCCAGUUUUUGAAACAUAUAAACCACGAGUGAAAGAAAGAUACCAGAAAAAGAAGAAGUCAUCCCGGAAUCUAUUUCCUCAGUGGCUGAUAGACUUGAUGGUCAACAUUGAAGAGGCAACUACGCACCAACUGGUGGUUGAGUAACACUCCUCACAAGGCGAGUGUGAAACAUGUUGGGAAUGCUGACCAAUGACCUCCUUGUGGAACACUGAACGUAGAACAAACAUCACCAAUUAUUAUGGUUGGUUACUUCUGGAGAUUUAAGUUCAUGUACAACGUGAUAGUCACUGUUUCUUCUUUUUAUUAUCACCAUUUGAUGUCAUGUGUAGCAUUUCAGUAUAGUUUGUAGACUUCCAUGUACUUCCAUGUAACAAUUAAAUCACUAUUAAUACUACAUUAA